UGGAUGAUUUGUGGUUUGUGGUGUCCUCGCGGCCACUCACUAUAUCUCAUUGUCUCAUAAUGCGCGCUCAAGCACGACGAUAAAUCCAUGAACACGAAAUUUACUCCCCGCCACCAUCACUGUGUGAAAUGACAGUUACAUGCCCAACAAGUUAAAAGCAGCGGGGAUGACCCUUUAACCGACCGACGAUAUCAAUAUAGCGCGGGUCAUCAUUUCCAGACGAUUAAAAAGGCGCGUGCCAAAUAGUGGGUCAUCGUGUCCCUGCGCGCGCUGGCUUCGCAACAUAACCUGCACACAACAAUAAUUUGAUUGGGGGUCGCUGUGCGUGCGGUAGGCGGAACCCGGAGUCUCACAUCCUACUUUUGAGAAGAUUACGAUUACAAUUUUGUGGAAAAAACACAUGACAUUAACGCAGUUUGGAGGGAAGGCGGACGGACGUAGCGGGACAGAGGCUGGAAGACACUGCUAGAGGAGGCAAGAUCUGUGUGGUGACAUUUGGAGUUGGAUGAGGACUAGGGUACUUCUCUGAACACAGGAAGAAAACACAACCUCAAAUAGAACCACAGCCUCGAAUAUUUACACAUUGCAGCAGACUCAUAACAUACACACGAGGCACCAGAGCAGAUAUGAGUGAGGAUAAACCAGCCGAUACUGUGGAAACUGCUGAGGAAAGCGCUAUUCCGAAUGGGAAAGGCCAUGAGCCCGGGGAGGAGAUCACAGCAUUGGCCAAAACACCAUCUGCAGAGGCUGGUGAACAGGAAACUGUACCAAAUAGUGCCCAGAAUGAUAGUCCCCACAGAACUGAGAAUGCAGAGGCCAACCUCCCAGAGAGCCAGGAGUUCUUAUCAGGCAUGGAGGAAAAGAAGACUACUCACUUUACAGAUUUUGAAGGGAAAACCUCGUUUGGGAUGUCGGUCUUCAACCUGGGCAAUGCGAUCAUGGGAAGUGGAAUCCUAGGACUGGCAUACGCCAUGGCCAACACAGGGGUCGUCCUGUUUUUGGUACUUCUAACAGUGGUGGCAGUCCUCUCGUCAUAUUCCAUCCAUUUACUGCUAAAGUCUUCUGGUAUUGUAGGUAUUCGUGCGUAUGAGCAGCUUGGCUACAGGGCCUUUGGGACCCCGGGGAAGAUGGCGGCAGGUAUUGCCAUCACGCUGCAAAACAUUGGAGCCAUGUCCAGUUACCUGUACAUAGUCAAGUAUGAGUUUCCUUUGGUCAUCCAGGCCUUUUUGAGGGUGGAUAAUCCUGCAGGGGAAUGGUACCUGAACGGGAACUACCUUGUGAUCAUGGUCUCUAUUUCAGUAAUAUUACCACUUGCUCUCAUGAAACAGCUAGGUUACCUGGGAUACACCAGUGGUUUCUCCCUAAGCUGCAUGGUUUUCUUCCUGAUUUCGGUCAUUUACAAGAAGUUCAAUACACCCUGUCCAUUUGCUGAACAUGCAUUCAAUAGAACAACCAGUUGGGUGAAUGUCAGUGCCAUGGAUCCUGGUGGAGAGCCCGAUCCUGCCUGUAUUCCAAAAAUGGCCAACCUCAACUCACAAACGGCCUACACCAUUCCCAUCCUGGCGUUCGCCUUUGUGUGCCACCCUGAGGUCCUGCCCAUCUACACAGAGCUGCGCAAUCCCAACAAGAAAAAGAUGCAGCAUGUGGCCAACAUCUCUAUUGCAGUCAUGUAUGGCAUGUACUUCCUGGCUGCCCUUUUUGGAUACCUAACUUUCUAUGGGGAAGUGGAAGCAGAGCUGCUUCACACCUACAGCCGCAUUGAUCCGUAUGACACUUUGAUUUUGUGCGUGCGUGUGGCUGUGCUCACUGCUGUCACACUCACUGUACCCAUUGUGCUCUUUCCUGUACGGAGAGCGAUCCAGCAGAUGAUGUUUCCUAACAAGACUUUCCACUGGGCCCGUCAUAUUGCCAUUGCUGCCGUUUUGCUCACUUUUAUCAACCUACUGGUCAUCUUUGCCCCCAACAUCCUGGGAAUCUUCGGGAUCAUUGGUGCCACAUCUGCCCCUUGUCUCAUCUUCAUAUUCCCUGCUGUUUUCUACAUUCGUAUUGUACCCAAAGAAGAGGAGCCAAUGCGCUCUCUCCCCAAAAUCCUGGCCGCCUGUUUUGCUGGGAUAGGCUUCCUGUUUAUGAUAAUGAGCCUAAGCUUCAUCAUCAUUGAUUGGACGUCGGGCACUAGCAAAGCCAGCAAUGGUCACUAGACGCCACAUUCUAUUUUUUUUCACAUUUUAUAUUGUUGAUUUAGAGUACUGUGUUGUAAUGUUACAGUUUUGACUUUGAAUGAUGUUUGAUGUCGAAGAUGUCCUAUCUCUUCCAUAAGAGAAUAUUGGCAACAGAGAAGGAGUUUAGAGUUCAGACUGGCUCUCAGUUUCUUCUCAAAAGCUCUCCCUCUAAUGACUGUACACUGUACUGAACAUCUGGCCAAACAGUAACUGCAGAUCCAGGCUUAGACUUUCCUAGAAAGUGGAUAGUUGAAUUUACAGAAUAGGCCAGGUAGCAUGAAGAUUAAUGUUGACAUUUGGAGGCUGUGCCUUGUAAGAUGGAUGUAAAAAAAAAAAGAUAAGUAACAAUAUAGAAUAAAUAGUGUUGCUGUCUUUAUACACCUGUCCUUGUGUGGGGUGUAAGCAUCUGGAACCCCUUGCCAUUCUUGUCUUGUCCCUUAUAUUAAAAACAGAUGGUCUAUGAUCUGAAAACUGCUC